AUGCUGUGGAUGCUAAUCACGCUGCAGCCGUUCUUGUUACUGGAGACGACCUUGGCUUGGUCAAGAGCCAAAUUCAAGAAGUACAUCGGCCACUCAGCCCAUGUGACCAAUGUCCGCUGGUCACAUGACCUGCAGUGGGUGCUGACCACGGGUGGAGCUGACCACGCCCUUUUCCAGUGGAGGUUUCUACCAGAGUCGGUCAUGAACGGAGGACCGGAUGUCAACAUACAAGACAGCCAUGGAGACUCCAACAGUGAGGAGUCGGACAGUGACGUCUCAGAUGUCCCAGAGCUUGACUCGGACAUUGAGCAGGAAACUCAGAUCAACUACGAGAGACAGGUAUAUAAAGAAGAUCUGCCACAGUUGCGACAGCAGAGCAGAGAAAAGAAGCAGCAAGUCGGAUCUCUGAAGAGACAGAGAGGACCAAACCAAGGACUCCGACUGCAGUUUGUGCACGGAUCCAGCUGGUUGGUAAUUUGUGUUUGUUUGUGCGCAUGUUUUUUUUGUGUGUGUGUUUGUGUUUUUUGCAGAUACCGUGGUUAUGACUGCAGGAACAACUUGUUCUACACUCAGGGGGGAGAGGUGUUGUACCACGUGGCGGCGGUGGGCGUGGUCUACAACCGGCAGCUGCACAGUCAGCGCUUCUACCUUGGCCACGACGACGACAUCCUGAGUCUCAGCAUCCACCCGCUGAAGGACUACGCUGCUACGGGACAGGUGGGGAGGGACCCGGCCAUCCAUGUGUGGGACAUCCAGACUCUAAAGUGUCUCUCUUUACUCAAAGGAUUCCACCAGAAAGGAGUGUGUGCUCUGGACUUCUCAGCUGAUGGAAAAAGUCUGGUGUCCGUGGGAGUCGACGACGGACAUACAAUUGUUGUCUGGGACUGGAAGAGAGGAGAGAAACUCGCUACUGCCAGGGGUCACAAGGAGAAGAUAUUCGUGGUGAAGUGUAAUCCCAUGCUGAUGGACAAACUUGUCACAGUGGGAAUCAAACACAUUCUUUUCUGGCAACAUGCAGGUGGGGGUCUGACUUUUAGGCGUGGUGCGUUCAGGAGCAUCAGCCGGCCGGAAACAAUGAUGUCUGUGUGUUAUGGACGCAGCGAGGCGCUGGUGUUCACAGGGGCCACUACAGGAGACGUUUACAUCUGGAAGGAACCGCUGCUGCUGAAAACCAUCAAAGCUCAUGAUGGACCUGUGUUCGCAAUGUUCUCCCUCGACAAGGGCUUUGUGACAGGCGGGAAGGACGGCGUGGUGGAGCUGUGGGACGACAUGUUCGACCGAUGUCUGAAGACGUACGCCAUCAAGAGAGCAGCGCUGUCCCCGGGCUCCAAAGGCCUGCUUCUGGAGGACAACCCGUCCAUCAGAGCCAUCACUCUGGGUCACGGUCAUAUCCUUGUGGGAACCAAAAACGGGGAAGUCCUGGAGAUCGACAAGACUGGGCCCAUGACCCUGCUGGUGCAGGGUCACAUGGAGGGUGAGGUUUGGGGUCUGGCCCCUCACCCCCUCCUUCCCGUCUGUGCCACUGUCAGUGACGAUAAAACCCUGCGACUGUGGGAGACGUCAGCCAAUCACCGCAUGGUGGCAGUCCGCAAGCUGAAGAGAGGAGGUCGCUGCUGUGCCUUCUCUCCUGAUGGGAAGGCAUUGGCAGUCGGUCUGAGCGAUGGCGGCGUGCUGGUGGUGAAUGCUGACACGCUGGAAGAUCUCUUGAGCUUCCACCAUCGCCGUGACGCCAUCUCUGAUGUUCGCUUCACCCCUGACUCAGGUAAAUUCCUGGCGGUGGCGUCACAUGACAGCUUUGUGGACCUCUACAAUGUGCUGAGCAGUAAGAGAGUGGGCAUCUGUAAAGACGCUUCCAGUUACAUCACCCAUAUCGACUGGGACGCACGAGGAAAACUGCUGCAGGUGAAUACAGGAGCGAAAGAGCAACUGUUCUUUGAAGCCCCGAGAGGAAAAAGACAAACCAUUAGGAACUCUGAGCUGGAGCGGAUCGGUUGGUCGAGCUGGACGUGUGUCCUGGGUUCCAGCUGUGAGGGAAUCUGGCCGACGUACAGCGACAUCACCGACAUCAACUCUGCGUCGCUCACCAGAGACAGAACACUGCUCGCCACCGGAGACGACUUCGGAUUCCUGAAACUGUUCAGCUACCCUGUUAGAGGUCAGUAUGCUCGUUUUAAACGUUAUGUGGGCCACAGCGCACAGGUGACCAAUGUCCGCUGGGCUCAUGACGACUCCACCCUGCUGACGGUGGGCGGGGCCGACACUGCACUGAUGAUCUGGGCAAGGGAGAGAGGAGGCGGGGUUUGUGGAGAGGGGGAGGGGCCUUUGUUUCGUGACAACAGACCACCUGUGGACAGCGAAGAGUCAGACGACGACAUCGAGGAGGACGGAGGCUACGACAGCGACGUUGCUCGGGAGAAGGCCGUGGAGUACACCACCAAGAUGUACACUGUGAGCCUCAGAGAGAUGAGAGGAACCAAACCUCACCAACAGGUGAAGGAGCUGUCAGUGGAGGAGAGGCAGGGCAUUGUCAAACCUCCAGUGAGUCGAGCAACACCACAACCUGAGAAACUCCAGAAGAAUAACGUCUCCAAGAAGAAGAAACUGGUGGAGGACAUGGUUUUGGAACAUGUGUUUGGAUUUCGGGGUUACGAUUGUCGAAACAACCUGCACUACCUCAACGACGGCACCGACAUCGUGUUCCACACUGCUGCCACCGCCAUCGUCCACAGUCUCAGCAAUGGAACUCAAAGUUUCUACCUGGAACACACUGAUGACAUCCUGUCUCUAACGGUUAACCAGCAUCCCAAAUACAAGAAUAUCAUCGCCACUGGACAGAUCGGUGACGUCAGUGAACUCCCAGGGACCACGCCUUCCAUUCACGUGUGGGAUGCGAUGAGUAAACAGACUCUGUCCAUCCUUCGCUGUCCUCACUCUAAAGGCGUCGGUUACGUUAACUUCAGUGCCACAGGGAAGCUGCUGCUGUCUGUCGGAGUGGAACCUGAACACACCAUCACUGUGUGGCGCUGGCAGGAAGGAUCAAAGGUGUGCAGUAGAGCUGGACAUCCAGACCGGAUCUUUGUGGUGGAGUUUCGCCCAGACUCAGACUCCCUGUUUGUGUCUGUUGGAAUCAAACAUGUGAAAUUCUGGACGCUGGCCGGCGGCGCUCUGAUGUACAAGAAGGGUGUGGUCGGUACAGUGGAGGACGGCAGGAUGCAGACGAUGCUGUCUGUCGCCUUCGGUGCUAAUAACUUGACGUUCACCGGAGCCAUUAACGGGGAUGUGUACGUGUGGCGGGAUCACUACCUUCUGAGGGUGGUGGCGAAGGCUCACACAGGGCCGGUGUUCACCAUGUACACCACGCUGAGAGAUGGUCUCAUCGUCACCGGUGGCAAGGAGAGGCCGACUAAAGAAGGUGGUGCGGUGAAGCUCUGGGAUCAGGAGAUGAAACGCUGUCGAGCGUUCCAGCUGGAGACAGGUCAGCAGGUGGAGUGCGUCCGAUCUGUCUGCAGAGGCAAGGGUAAGAUUCUGGUGGGGACCAAGGACGGGGAGAUCAUCGAGGUCGGGGAGAAGAACGCAGCUUCCAACCUGCUGCUCGACAGUCACGCUAGAGGAGGAAUCUGGGGUCUGGCUGCUCAUCCUGCUAAAGAACUCUGCAUCACUGCCAGCGACGACUCAACCAUCCGACUGUGGGACCUCACCGACAAGAAACUGUUAAACAAAGUGUGUGUGGGACAUGCAGCCCGGUGUGUGAGCUACAGUGCAGACGGAGAGAUGCUGGCGGUGGGGAUGAAGAACGGAGAGUUCCUCCUCCUCCUCGCCAACUCGCUGAAGAUGUGGGCGAAGAAACGAGACCGCAGUGCCGCCAUCCAAGACAUCAGGUUCAGUCCAGACCGGCGGCUGCUGGCAGUCGGUUCUGCAGAGAACAUAGUGGAUGUUUAUGAUGUCAGCGGAGGGCCGGGUCUCAACCGGUUGGUUUACUGCAGCGACAUCCCUGCUUUCAUCCUGCAGCUGGACUUCUCUGCUGACAGCUCUUUUAUACAGGUGUCCACAGGAACUUAUAAGCGGCAGGUGUUUGAGGUUCCUUCAGGGAAGUUAGUGAGUGACCAGACUACCAUUGACAGAAUCACCUGGGCAACCUGGACAAGCAUUUUGGGAGAUGAAGUUUUGGGGAUUUGGCCACGAAAUGCUGACAAAGCAGAAGUCAACUGUGCGUGUGUGUCCCAUGCCGGCAUGAACAUCGUGACCGGUGACGACUUUGGAUUGAUCAAACUUUUUGACUUCCCCUGCACAGAGAAGUUUGCCAAACACAAGCGCUACCUCGGCCACUCAGCUCACGUGACAAACAUCCGCUUCUCUCUCGAAGACAAAUAUGUGAUCAGCACAGGAGGAGACGACUGCAGUGUGUUUGUGUGGAAAUGCAUGUAAAACACCGCCCGGUGACGCUUUUCAUCCAAAGCGCCUUAACAGCACCACAAGUGGAUCCAGGGGGGGGGAAUCGAACCAAUGACCUGAAAGACUUCACACCACUUUGUAGGAGUUCAGCUGGAACCGACUUCACUGAUAAAUCCAGAUGUUUACAGUCUGUCUUUUUGCAGAAGAGGCAGAAAGCUUAAAGACCAACACAUGAGACACUUUGUGACUGAUCACAACAUAAAAAACAGACUGGGAGGGGAGGGGGGGGUGUUCAGCUGAGAUGAAGCAGAGAAGCAGACUUUUUUUGUUUUUGGCUCAUUUUGAUAAACAAAUGGUAAACUCUAAGACACCUCAAGAGGAAACCACACUGAUGGGACCAUUUAAAGGUAUAAUGUGAUUAUAACCGCUCAGUCUGCUGUCAGAGUCACACAGAUCAUGUCUCGGGGAUGACAGGGAGAUGACACUGCACUGGUUGAUAAAAAAAACUAAACGUUGCUUCAUUGAAAAUAUCAUAUGCAGUUUCAUUUUAACCCUGAUGUCCUGAAGUUUGUCUGUUACCGAGAACAGAAACUUGACUUUUGAUUUAAAACCAUUCCUCAUUUCAAAGAGCCUUUACUGUAUCUGCCGUUGGAUUUCAUCACACUUAAGUGCCUUUCUGGAUCUUUCUACCUGUGUUCAUUUAUUUAUUUAUCGGGAGGGGUACUUCAUACAAAGUAUUUCUUUGUGUUAAUGCAUCUUUGAACUUAUUUUGUACUCUGUCUGGUGCUACACUGAGAAUGUUCAAACUUUCAUUCAUCUCAAAACACAAACAUCUUCUCCGCUGCUGCUUUUUGUUCAAAGACGUUAAUCAUCCAAAGCAUCAUGAUCGUUACACGACACAGGACAUGUGAAGAAAAGCGAAACUUACUAGAAUUAUUUAUGGAAAUAUCUAAAUGUUAUUUAUGCCUAAUCUACGGUGUGGAUGAGUUUUCUGUGUCUGAACUGUUGAAUAUUAACUGUUGUGAAAAGUGUCAAAAGAGUCUGUUCGUGUGAUGAUUAAAAAAAAGAAAAAGAAGUUCAGAGGUCACGCACCUUGUUAGUUCACUCAGUCUCCAUCUCAUCCUUCACGUCCUUGAAGUCAUCACAGAGGCUGAGGUUGGUUUUCUCUCGCUUGAAAAUAAGGUUUAAUUCAAAAACAGAUCAUUAAUAAUUCACAGAAGAGGAGAACGGGGAAAGAGUUGAAGCCAUGGGUGAAAGUGGCAACAGUGGGAGAGGAGAAAAACAGAGUCAGCUGAAAGAAGUCGAAUGGUAAAAUUACAUUUUUGCAUCAGGAAAAUUAAUAUGAGAAAAAAUAUUUGACAAAAUAUUGGAGCUUUGUGAAUUCUAAUAAGGGUACAGCUUGUUUUUCAGCCCAAUGAUAGAAUUUCUUUAACAGAAAAAUAAAAUGUCUUUGUUAUGGACAGGAAAGAUCCCUCUGGACCACCAUAGUUUAAAAAGAAAGUCAAUGUGAUAAGGUCUGUGUCAUAAUCAGUGUCAAAGACUGAGUUCUUGUAAUUUAGACAGAAAAAACACACUUUCAAUAACACACAUCGUAUUGAUACCAAAAGAUGUAGAAAACAUGGUGUUGACUGUGCUAGCUUAAAGUGUGAUGUGCAGGGUGUUCGUGCAGAGUGCAUGUACGGUGUGUUUCUCAAACAUGGCUAUUUCUCUAUAAAAUAAAAACACAACAGAAUCUAAUACAACAGAAGGAUUUAUAACGUAACAGAAGAAGCCAAGGAGCAUCUACAAAUAAAGAAAUGCAAUUUGCAAUUGCUGAAGAUGAAAAAUGCUGCAUUGAAAGUUGAAGUUUUGGUUUGUUUGUUUUUUUCUUAAAGCAGGUUGUCAGUUUGUGAACUUCUUUCCUUUCUAAUCGUCUGUAUCAUACUGUACAUGGAAAUAUAUAUGAUGCUCAGAUGCAUGACUUUAUUUUUAAACCAAAAUAUCUUUGUUGAUGAGAUUUUAUGGUGCAAGUUAAUUCACCAGUUGAUUUUUAUACCAAGGUGAUUGUGAUCAAAGUUUGUAUGUAUGUGUGCGCACGUGUGUGUGUGUAUGUGUGUGUGUAGCAAAGUGUAUUAUCAGAUUAAAUGAGACUUGUGGAAAUAA